AUGGCUGAAGGUGAGGUCUUCCAGUGGGGGGUCAGUGAAGAGAGGGGGGGAAUAAAGGAGAGGGGGUGGGACGGAUCUCUUCAUUGUCUGGAUCUUCACAAAAGGCUCUUCCCAGAAGCCCUGAAAAGUGUCUUUGAAUACUCGGGAUUAAUUCGGACACUGCGGGGCGAAAUGGGCUCUGUUUAUGAACAAUAUUACACAGGGGGCUGUGCAAAAACAGAGGAGGAGGAAGACUCGGGCUCGUCUCACGGCAGUGGGGUUUGUAAAUGGUUUAAUGUGCGGAUGGGCUUCGGGUUUCUGUCCAUGACUCAUCAGGAGGGAAUCUGUCUGGAAUCACCCGUGGAUGUGUUCGUACAUCAGAGCAAGCUUUAUAUGGAGGGUUUCCGCUGUCUGAAGGAAGGGGAGGAGGUCGAGUUCACCUUUAAAAGGUCUUCUAAGGGUCUGGAGUCCUUGCGGGUAACAGGGCCAGGCGGGGCACCAUGUGUUGGCAGUGAGAAGAAACCCAAAGGUGCCCAAAAGCGCCGGUCAAAAGGAGACCGGUGCUUCAACUGUGGAGUGCCAAACCAUCAUGCUAAAGAAUGCCAACUGCCACCUCAGCCAAAAAAGUGCCACUUUUGCCAAAGCAUCACCCACAUGGUGGCCAACUGCCCAAUCAAAGCACAGCAGUUGUCACCAGGAUCUCAGGGAAAGUCCACAACUUCAACAACAGGAGAAGAGGAGGACAUGAGCCACACCCCUUUACCUCCUGAGAUCUCCGAUUAGACGGGGAAAAUCGUCAGGUU